AGAAGGCGAAGAAGAACCCAUCAACAAGAUAUGCGAAACUUUAACAGGGCUGUCACUUCGUUUGGAUGUCUUCAGUAAGAGGGAUGGGAUUCUUACAGAAAAGAAGCAUUUUACAUGUACUUUUCCUUUUUGUUCUCCUGUCAGAGGAACAUUUCCGAUGGGUUGAGGCCCAGCAUUGCGUGUGGCACGGGGAAUGUGGGGAGUCGAUAAAGGUGCCUGGGAAAAAGUACAACUGCGACUACACAGGUCCUCCCAUCCCACUUGAAGAGGAAGGUUAUGAGCUUCUCACGGAACUUUGUCCUGGAUUUGACUAUGGAAACCGAAGCCUGUGCUGUAAUACCACCCAGUUACUCACUCUCAAAGGGAGUCUUCAGCUGCCCCUUCAGUUCUUGUCUCGGUGUCCCGCGUGUUUCUUCAACCUGAUGAACCUCUUCUGUGAGCUGACAUGCAGCCCCAACCAGAGUCAGUUCAUGAAUGCCACAAAGGUUGACGGUCCAAAUGUAGUGGAAGUGCAGUACUACAUCGGACAGACAUUUACGAAUGCAAUGUAUAAUGCCUGUAGGGAUGUCCAGGCACCAUCCAGCAACGUGAAGGCGUUGGCUCUGCUGUGUGGGAAGGAUGCCGAUCAGUGCAAUGCUACUAACUGGAUCCAGUAUAUGUUUAAUAUAAAUAAUGAGCAGACUCCCUUUCCCAUCAUCCCAAUAUUCUCAGAUGUCCCAGUGGCCGGGUACGAUCCCAUGAAUAACAAGACAUUUGACUGUACCGAGGGUUUGGAGGACGGUUCAGGCCCCUGCUCCUGUCAGGACUGCGCAAAGGCCUGUGGUCCCAAACCUGUGCCUCCCCCUCUCCCCCCUCCCUGGACCAUCCUCGGUAUGGAUGCCAUGACUGUCAUCAUGUGGAUCUGUUACAUGGCCUUCCUGCUUAUCUUUAUUGGGACUGUAGUGGGAGCUUGGUGUUACAGGAAAAGGACCAUCAUGUCUGAGUACGGCCCCAUAUUAGAUAGCAAUAACCCAUUAUCCCUCAACGGUGAUGACCCUGACCAAGUAAAUGCGUCCUGCUGUGAAACACUUGGCGAGCUCUUCGAGAACAUUCUGCGAACCCUCUUUAGCUCCUGGGGUUCCUUCUGCGUGAGGCAUCCAUCUGUGGUCAUAGUGGGGAGCCUGAUACUGGUGGUGGCCUCCUCUGGGGGUUUGGUGUACAUGCGCAUCACCACAAACCCUGUUGAGCUGUGGUCGUCUCCGUCUAGCCAGGCUCGCCAAGAGAAGGAUUAUUUUGACAGCCACUUCGGACCCUUCUUUAGAACUGUACAGCUAAUUAUUACCACUCCACUCAAUGACACUUUCCUCUACUCGCCAUACUUUGGAGGAUCAGACGUCCCGUUCGGAGCCGUCUUGGACAAAGGCCUCCUGCACCAGGUGUUAGACCUGCAGCUUGAAAUCGAAGCUCUUGUAGCCACAGACAAUGGAACAGAAGUCACCUUGAAAGACCUCUGCCUGGCUCCACUGGCCCCGUUCAAUACCAACUGUACCAUCCUGAGUGUCCUCAACUACUUCCAGAACAGCCACACUGUGCUGGACCACAGAAAAGGAGACCCCUUCUACACCUACGCUGACUUUCACAGCCACUUCCUCUAUUGUGUCAGUGCACCAGCAUCCCUCAAUGACACCACCGCCCUCCAUGACCCCUGUUUAGGCACAUAUGGUGGCCCCGUCUUCCCAUGGCUGGCCCUCGGUGGUUAUGAUGAGACCAACUACAACAACGCCACCGCUCUGGUGAUCACCUUCCCACUCAACAACUACCUGAACGACUCAGUCAAGAUGGCCAAAUCGCUGGCAUGGGAGAAAGAAUUCAUCAGCUUCAUGAAGAACUUUAGCAACCCCAACCUGACCAUCGCCUUUAGUGCGGAGAGGAGCAUUGAAGAUGAGUUAGACAGAGAGAGUGACAGCGACAUCAGCACCAUAGUGAUCAGCUAUGCCAUCAUGUUCAUCUACAUCUCCCUGGCUCUGGGUCACAUCAACAGCUUCAAGAGGGUGAUGGUGGACUCUAAGAUUUCUCUGGGUAUCGCGGGUAUCCUGAUUGUGCUCAGCUCCGUGGCCUCCUCACUGGGCAUCUUCAGCUACUGUGGCAUCCCCCUCACCCUCAUCGUGAUCGAAGUGAUUCCUUUCCUGGUGCUUGCCGUGGGAGUAGAUAACAUCUUUAUUAUAGUUCAAACAUAUCAGAGGGAUGAGCGGAUGCCACAAGAGGAACUCCACCAGCAGAUCGGUCGUAUUCUUGGAGACGUAGCCCCCAGCAUGUUCCUCUCCUCCUUCUCUGAGACAGUGGCCUUUUUACUGGGAGCGCUGUCCAACAUGCCCGCCGUGAGGACGUUCUCUCUGUUCGCUGGCUUGGCGGUUUUUAUAGAUUUCCUGUUGCAGAUUAGUUGCUUUGUCAGCUUGCUCGGCUUGGACGCCAAAAGACAGGAGGGCAAUCGUCUCGACAUCCUCUGCUGUGUCAAGCUGCCAGAAGGUCAGGAACAAAAGACAGACAGCUUCCUCUUCCGGUUUUUCAAAAAAGUCUAUGCUCCAUUCAUUCUCAAAGAGUGGGUGCGACCAAUCAUAGUUGCAGUUUUUGUGGGAAUGCUCUCCUUCAGUAUUGCUGUGGUGAAUAAAGUAGAAAUUGGACUGGACCAGAAGCUCUCCAUGCCUGAUGACUCCUACGUGCUGGACUACUUCAGGAAUCUGAGCAGGUACCUCCACACUGGAGCUCCAGUCUACUUUGUGGUGGAGGACGGUUUAAACUACAGCAGCCCAGAGGGUCAGAAUCUUGUGUGUGGAGGAGUUGGCUGCAGCAACAACUCUCUCGUCCAGCAGGUCUACGCCGCCUCGCUCAUCAGCAACUACACUACCAUUGCCUACACACCGUCCUCUUGGCUCGAUGACUACUUUGACUGGGUGAAGCCUCAGACCACCUGCUGUCGAUACUUCAACACCAGCGGAGCCUUCUGCAAUGCCUCGGUGGUGAAUUCCUCAUGUGUACACUGUCGGCCCAUGACUCCCAGUGGCAAGCAGAGGCCAGAAGGAGACGACUUCAUGCGGUUUCUACCCAUGUUUCUGUCAGACAAUCCUAACAUCAAGUGUGGAAAAGGAGGCCACGCAGCCUACGCAACAGCAGUCGACAUCUAUCCUGAAAACAAGGGGGUCGGGGCCAAUUACUUCAUGACUUAUCACACCAUCAUGAAGGAAUCACCGGACUUCAUACACGGUUUGAAAAUGGCUCGGGCGCUGGCUAACAAUAUCACUCAGUCCAUCAACCACAGAGUGUUUGUCUACAGCGUCUUCUACGUGUUUUACGAGCAGUACCUGACCAUUGCGUACGACACAGCUGUGAACCUGAGCGUGUCGCUGGCGUCCAUCUUCGUGGUGUCGACGGUGUUGCUCGGCUUCGAGCUGUGGUCGGCCUUGAUCGUCAGCAUCACCAUCGCCAUGAUCCUGGUGAACAUGUUCGGGGUCAUGUGGCUGUGGGACAUCAGCCUCAACGCGGUCUCUCUAGUGAACCUCGUCAUGAGUUGUGGUAUCUCAGUGGAGUUCUGCAGUCACAUCGUGCGUGCGUUUUCCAUCAGUGUGAAGAAGAACCGAGUGGAACGGGCCGAGGAGGCUCUGGCUCACAUGGGCAGCUCUGUGUUCAGUGGGAUCACAUUAACAAAGUUUGGAGGGAUCCUUAUCCUGGCACUUUCCAAGUCUCAGAUCUUUAAGGUCUUCUACUUCCGCAUGUACCUGGCUAUAGUCCUGCUGGGGGCCACGCACGGCCUCAUCUUCCUCCCUGUACUGCUCAGUUAUAUCGGUCCUUCAGUGAACAAAGCGAAGGCGUUUGCUGCUAACAAACGCUACGCUGGUACAGAAAGGGAGCGCCUCCUCAACUACUAGCACACUGCCUGGGACACUGAACAAUGAACUAACUAUUUGUCUGAGAGUGGCCGUGUGGGUGUGAGCGCAGGCCGUUUCUAUGAUUACUGACACACUCAUCAUCGUUGCCACUACUAUGCACGGAUUUUAACUCAGGAAUAUACACGUGGAGAGGAGUGCCAGAGGCCUUGUCAGACUGCAAACGUAUUGAUUUUCCUCAGAAGACUUUGGACCCCCAGACAUUGCCCCUCCUUCUCCCCCCUUCUUUUCUCCUUCACACUACAGGGCGAGCCAGUCUUCAGCGGUCGAAGCUUGGGCAACAUACUUUAAAAAAAAAUAAAGAAAAAAAAAGUACAACGACAGUGUGGAAGUAGGAGAAACACUGCGUCAAAUAUCAGUUGACAGUCGCCUCCUUAUGCUAUGAGAUUUUUAGAUUUGGGAAAACGCUUAAGGGUAAAACUGGUCAGUUUGUUUCAUGUUUUUUUAAAGAGAAGAGAAAUGUAAUAUCUAAAAAGACAUUUUUGAAAACAGGACUUUUGUAGAAACAUUUGAUAUGAAUGAUGAUCAUCUAUGACACGCACACAGCAUGCUCUAAAGCUGACAAAAAUCCUGAUAUCACAGGUCCUCAUAAACUGGCAUUAACAUGCAUCAUAGCUAGUUUCACCUGGCAGUGACGUGUUUGUACACAGCGGUAACGUUUAAUGGAUUUAGGAGGAUUUGUUUUACUCUUUGCAGUGUGUAAAAAAAGAAAAAAAAAAAAAAAGUGAAGAACUUCAAGAUGGGCCUUGUUGACAUUGUUUGAGCAAAUGUAAUCGUUUUUAGCACACUUGCUCUUAAAGCAGCAUUUUAUCUGGUCUUUUAUUUCAACAUAGGCGGGUAGCUCCAUGAUCUGGUGCAACAUUUCAUUUUAAAGUUAGGUGAUGAAUCCUAAGUGUUCCUCUGAUGUGUUUGCAUGACUAGAUUAUAAAUCCUUCUCUGGUACUUUUUAAAAACGGUCCAGUCACGGUGCGUGUUGAUGCCAGGGUUUAUGAGGCUCUCUUAUUCUAAUAAUGGUUUUACAAUGACGUGUAAAUGAGUACUGAACAACAUUUUGUUGCAUGAAGAGGUGAAGAAUCAAUCAAAGCUUAACUGUAGAUAGCUGACCAGGACUGAUUUAGAUUGAUUCAUUUGUCAGCUUGACAUUGUCAUACAGAAUGUUGAUUUUCAAAAAUGGAUAAUGGUACAGUCCUGACUUUUUCAUUCCUACUCAUUUAAGUUAUUCUUUUUUUUUUUUUUAUUAACUUUUUUUUUUAUCAUGCUUUGCUGUUCAUGUUUUACUCAGUUGGUAUACAAUCAUUUAAAGGAACAGCCUUUUUGUGUUUUUAAAAUUCUCGGCACAUUUUUUUUUUUCCCCCUCGAGCUGCAGUAACGUUUUUUUGUUGACGCAAAAAGAUAUUCUGUGGAUAAGUUAAAUCUUGGGUGUGAAAACAUCUUUUAUGAGGAACUAAUAGAAAAAGUUGUUACAGGAAUAAUGCAGAAAUGUGUUUGUUAACAGUGCUGUGCAUUGAUUUGGACAAAUCGUCUCUGAAACUGUUAUAAUAUGAUUGUGUGUGUGUGGGCGAGGACUGAAACCACCAGUGGGAGACUUUAGUUUUUAACAUUUUUAACAAAUAUUAAAAUUUCCUCAUGUAAAU